CAUAAGGAAGAUCAAGCUUAGGGUUAAAAUACAUUUGUUUUUAUUGGAAGAACAGAGUUGCUCUGUUUCAUCCACUCUUUCUGUUGGAAAUUUGAGACCCUCGCAACCUUUCACCAUUACUUCCCAAAGCAAGACGGAUUUUCUAGCGCUUGCUUCUCGAAUUUGCCAGAGGAAGCGACUCGUUGCUGCUGUGGUUGGUAUCGUCAUGGUGUUGGUUCUUAUUAUAGCUAUACCGCUACUGGUCCAGAGUUCCAAGACCUCGGCUCACUACGAGAUGAUGGGAACUUGCAGGAUGAUCUGUGAUCCUUACAGUACUAAGCCCAGCAGUGCAGCAGAGGAAGUCAUGCAAGAUCUGAGUGCUAUUCCUCCCCCACCGCCUUUUGUUCAGGAGACUAGUAAAGGGGAACCUGGGCGCCCUGGAAAACCGGGGCCCCGGGGUCCACCUGGGGAACCUGGCCCGCCAGGUCCAAAAGGACCUCCCGGAGAAAAGGGGGACUCUGGAAAACCUGGGUUCCCAGGAACACUGGGUACAGGAGGCACUGAGUCAAGUGCCCUUAGUACAUCAGUAAGUGGCACCAAGAUAGCUUUUUAUGUGGGUCUGAAGAGUCCUCACGAAGGAUACGAAGUUCUUAAGUUUGAUGAUGUUGUAACUAACCUGGGAAACCAGUACGACCCAACUACGGGCAAGUUUACCUGCCACGUAUCUGGGAUCUAUUUCUUUACCUACCAUGUGCUGAUGAGAGGGGGCGAUGGAACCAGUAUGUGGGCAGACCUUUGUAAAAACGGACAGGUCCGCGCCAGUGCUAUUGCACAGGACGCCGAUCAGAACUACGACUAUGCCAGCAACAGCGCAGUCCUUCACCUAGACACUGGGGAUGAGAUAUAUGUCAAACUGGACGGAGGGAAAGCGCAUGGAGGAAACAGUAAUAAGUACAGCACUUUCUCUGGCUUCAUUUUAUAUCCCGAUUAAAUAAGCGAAGAUUGAGCACUUGUAACGUCUCCUCUUUAAUAUCUGUCUCUACGGGUCGUUUAUGCUUUUAUGCUUAAUUUCAUGCAUUUUUGUGGAAAACUGCAAAGGUGUCAAUUUCUUCCUGUUCCAGCACAUAGCCAGUAAUAACGACGUAGCUCUUGAGAUCAUGUGUUUGAAUGUGACCAUAUUUUGCUUGACAGUCUGUGGUGUAUUUAUUUAAAAAAAAAACAACAAAACAAAAACAAAAAAACAAAAAACA